ACGCGACUGCUGUCGUGACGUAAUCAACGCGCGCCGAUUUACUGUUGACAGUAAACCAGAUGGCGAAGGAACGUAUUAUUUUUGAAGAGGAAGAUCUACAAUAUGAAGAAGAGAUCAUCAGAAAUCCCUAUUCGGUCAAGUGCUGGAUGAGAUACAUUGAUUUUAAACAGAAUGCUGCUCCAAAUGUCCUAAAUAUGAUCUAUGAGAGAGCCUUAAAGGAAUUACCUGGCAGUUACAAGCUGUGGUACAACUAUCUGAAACAGAGGAGGAAGCAAAUGAAGGGAAAAUGUGUCACAGAUCCUUCGUAUGAAGAGAUUAAUAACUGCCAUGAACGUGCACUUGUCUUCAUGCAUAAGAUGCCUCGGAUUUGGUUAGAUUACUGCAAGUUCCUCACUGAUCAAUGCAAAAUUACAAGGACAAGGAGGACAUUUGACCGGGCCCUGAGAGCUCUUCCUAUCACACAGCAUCAUCGUGUCUGGCCCCUGUAUCUUAAGUUUGUCCGCAUGUAUCCGCUGCCUGAAACAGCCGUGAGAGUGUAUAGACGGUACUUGAAGCUUUGCCCAGAAAAUGCAGAGGAAUACAUUGAAUACCUGCGUUCAAUUGAUCGACUGGAUGAGUGUGCUGUGAGAUUAGCCACCAUUGUGAAUGAUGAAAAGUUUGUCUCAAAGGAAGGGAAGUCCAACUAUCAGUUAUGGCAUGAGUUGUGUGACCUGAUUUCCCAGAAUCCUGACAAAGUCAAAUCUCUGAAUGUUGGAGCAAUUAUACGAGGUGGUCUGACCAGAUUUACAGAUCAGCUAGGAAAGUUGUGGUGUUCUCUAGCAGAUUACUACAUUAGAAGUGGUCAUUUUGAAAAGGCACGAGAUGUAUAUGAAGAGGCAAUUUUGACUGUGAUGACAGUUCGAGAUUUCGCACAAGUCUUCGACAGCUACAGUCAGUUUGAGGAGAGUAUGAUUGUAGCAAAAAUGGAGGCCAUAUCAGAAAUGGGGGAAAGUGAAGAUGAUGACAUUGAUCUGCGUGUGGCCCGUUUUGAGCAGCUUAUCAACCGGCGCCCUUUGCUACUGAAUAGCGUGCUUCUACGUCAGAAUCCACAUAAUGUCCAUGAGUGGCACAAAAGAGUUCAGCUUUUUGAAGGGAAACCACGAGAGAUUAUUAGUACUUACACAGAAGCUGUACAGACUGUGGAUCCAUUUAAAGCCACAGGGAAACCCCACACCCUCUGGGUUGCUUUUGCAAAGUUCUACGAAGAGAACCAGCAGCUGGAAGAUGCCAGAACCAUCUUUGAAAAAGCAAGUAAAGUGAACUUCAAACAAGUGGAUGACUUAGCCAGUGUGUGGUGUGAGUACAGUGAAAUGGAGGUACGAAAUGAAAACUAUGAUCAAGCUCUUCAGAUUCUCAAAAAAGCAACUGCAAUACCAGCGAAGAAAGCUGAGUACUUUGAUACAGCAGAGCCAGUCCAGAACAGAGUAUACAAGUCCUUGAAGGUGUGGUCCAUGUUGGCAGAUUUGGAAGAAAGCUUGGGAUCAUUUAAGAGUACAAAAGCAGUGUAUGACCGAAUUAUUGAUCUGCGGAUUGCCACACCCCAGAUUAUCAUAAAUUAUGCCAUGUUUCUUGAGGAGCAUAAUUACUUUGAGGAGAGUUUUAAGGCAUAUGAACGUGGAAUUUCUCUGUUCAAGUGGCCCAAUGUGUUUGACAUUUGGAACACAUAUCUUUCCAAAUUUAUUGAACGCUAUGGUGGAAAGAAGCUAGAAAGAGCCAGAGACCUCUUUGAGCAAGCCCUGGAUGGUUGUCCGCCAAAGUAUGCCAAGACUCUCUACCUGUUGUAUGCAAAACUAGAGGAGGAGUAUGGUUUAGCCAGACAUGCCAUGGCUGUGUACGAACGAGCUACCAAAGCAGUGGAGCCAGCAGAGCAGUAUGAAAUGUUUAAUAUUUAUAUCAAGAGAGCUGCUGAGAUAUAUGGAGUCACACAUACACGAAGCAUUUAUGAGAAGGCAAUUGAGGUGUUGUCAGAUGAGCAUUCUCGGGAGAUGUGUCAGCGAUUUGCUGAUAUGGAAUGUAAACUGGGUGAAAUAGACAGAGCAAGAGCAAUCUAUUCCUUUUGUUCUCAGAUGUGUGACCCACGAAUGACACCAUCCUUCUGGCAGAUGUGGAAGGAUUUUGAGAUUCGACAUGGUAAUGAAGACACUAUGCGAGAAAUGUUAAGGAUCAAACGUAGUGUACAGGCCACAUACAACACACAGGUCAACUUCAUGUCUUCUCAGAUGCUUAAAGCCUCUACAAAUGCUACUGGGACAGUGUCAGACCUUGCUCCAGGCCAGAGUGGAAUGGAUGAUAUGAGACUGUUGGAACAGAAGGCUCAACAACUGGCUGCUGAGGUUGAACGUGAGAAACCUAAACCCAAGGACAAGAUUCUCUUUGUCAGAAGUGAUGCUUCCCGCAGUGAACUGGCUGAGCUCACUAAACAGGCAAAUCCUGAUGAAAUCGAUAUCGAUGAUGAGGAAGAUGACAGUGAAGAUAAUGAACCUGAUGAGGUGUUCUUGGAGCAGAAGAAUGUCCCUUCAUCUGUGUUUGGAAGCCUGAAAGAUGACUGACGCACCAUCUCAGUCAUGUCACCCUUGCAGAAGGAAAGAUAUCAGCACUGAAAUGGUUUCUUCUGUUCAAAGGAGUUAAACAUUGCAAGCAGAUGAGAUGAAUAUUCCAUGGUGCAUGACAUUUCUGGCAGGCCAUAACUAUACUAAAGGACAGAGAUGUUUACAUAGUCAGAGAAGCUUUGUAUAUGGCUUGAUCACUGUUAAAAGAAAACCUGUGAUGAAUGCUUUUGUAUAGGUUAUGUUUUAACAAAUUAUUUGCCACCUUUAUUUUUAAAGGAUUUUAAUAAGUAUUCUAUUUUCUGUGUAAAUAUGACAAUUGACAGAACAUCUAGAUAAAAUUAUUCCUAAUAAAAAGUAAUAAACAUGAA